AUGAACUGGAGGAGCGGAGGAGGGAGUGAAAGAGAGAGGAUGCGCUCAAUUGCAUUCUGUCUGCUAUUCGCGUUUCUUAUCGUAUGUUUCGCUGAGGAGGUGUUGGAAUUCAGCCCUGACGAUAUUCCAGCCGACGCACCCAUCAUUCGGGAGAAGAGGCAAUUUUGGGGAAGUUACGGCGGAUAUGGAGGAAGAUGGCGUAGACGAUAUGGAGGCUACGGAGGUUAUGGUGGCUACGGUGGUUACCCCUAUGGUGGCUACUACGGUGGUUAUGGAAGGGGAGGCUGGUGGUAACUGAAGUCGCCAGUCUUUAUGAUAAAACUGACCAGCAGCUUCUGCGUCGCAAUUUCUGUAUUUACUUGUACGUAACAUAUAAUAAACUAUUCGCUCAA